CAUGUUGUGGUGGCCUUGGGACUGUCAACCCGAGAGCUGAUUUUUAUUGCCGCGCGGAAUUCUGCUCUGCUCUGCUCGUAGGAGUCUCUCCACGGCGCUUUCUAUGGCCGUUCUGCUGCUGGGGAGCCAAUGAGUGCUCUCGGGCUGAUCAUCGCUUGUGAUCGGUUCGAAUAAGCGGGGCUGCACUCUUGCCGCCGACCCUCCCGCGCAUCCUUCACGCAAUUCCAGUUCGCUUAUAUCGCGAAUCGUUCUUCAGGCUGCUUUUCCGUCUCUCAUUUUCCUUUCACUCCAACCUUAGCCGGGACUAUUGGAUUGGAAUCUUAGCAACUUUAGCGACUAUUGCGACUAUUCGUCCGUUAUCUGCAUAGACCGCCAUGGACGACCUAAUAUCGCUGGGCGAGACGUUACAGCAGGCAUCGUCGGCUCUCGUGGGGGACGAUAUCCAAGCCGACCCUCGCUCGGGGUCUGCUCCCGUCAUCCAGCUGCUGGUCGUCGGCGCACCGGGAUCCGGAAAGUCGGCCGUUCUCAACACGCUCAUCGGCCAUGCUGUUCUGCCAACGGGAGAGGGCGGAUGCACGCGCUUCCCUGUGCUCGUUGAUUUGCACCGAGACCAGAACCUGUCCGCUGGUGCUGUGCGGGGGAAUCUCGGUGCCAGAACCAACAUGCCUAAGCCGUCGGAGAUCCGGCAAGCGCUGCAGUCGGACAUGAGCAAGGCCAAGGGGUCGUCGAGGAACAGAGAGGAGGCGCAGCUCAUCCUGCGCUCCCCAAUAGCCCCACCAAUGCGCAUCAUUGACCUGCCGGGAGUCGAAAAGGCAUCUCAAAUGGACGGAGCAUUCCAGGACAAUGUGUCCAACAAUGAUGCAGUCAUCCUGGUGGUGGUCUCUGCCACAGCAGUGAAGGACUCCCUCAAGAUCCUCCGCAUCGCACACGAUAUCGACAGAGAAGGUGUGAGGACCAUCGGAGUGAUCACGAAGUUCGACCAGGUGGUGAAGGACAGGGAUGCAGCGAAGCUCGCAGUGGACCUGCUGCAGAGGCAGGGGGCGGCCAUGGCACAGGACUACCCGUGGGUGGCUGUGAUUGGUCAGCCGCUGGGGGACAAGGACACGAAUGAGCCCAUGGAUGGCGCGUGGCAGGAGGAGUUCAAGGUUCUCUCGCAGGUGAUGCGGGCAAAUGGAGUGAAGGGCAUGGACACGCCCAUGGGUCGGGACGCGCUGCUGCGGCUGAUUGCUCGCACCGUGCGGCACAAGAUGAAGGAGAAGAUCCCCCGCAUCAUGUCCGCCUUGGAGGGUCGGUCCCAGGAGGUGGACGCUGAGCUACUCAGGCUGGGCGACUCCCUCAUCUCCAGCCUCAAUGGCUCCCGCGCCCUCGCCCUGGAGCUCUGCCGUGGCUUUGAGAACAAGUUCUGCGAGCAUCUGGACGGCAGUGAGGGCGGGGGGUCUCAAAUGGUGGAGAAGUUUGUCGGCACGCUGCCUCUCCGUUUCAGAGGGCUUCCUUUGGACGACACGUUCAGCUUCGAUAAUGUCAAGAAGGUGGUGAUGGAGGCGGAUGGUUACCAGCCGUACCUGCUGUCGCCAGAGAAGGGCCUUCGUCUGCUCAUCAAAAGAAGCCUGGAGCUGGCGAAGCAGCCGGGCAUUGACUGCGUGGACGAGGUGCACAAGAUCCUCGUUGACAUCGUUGCAGCUGCGGCAUCGCAAGCUCCUUCGCUCGUUCGCUUCCCACCGAUGAAGAGAGAGCUGGUGGCCAUAGCAUCAGCUGCCCUAGACGAGUACCGAGCUGAGGCCAAGCGCAUGGUGACGGCCAUAGUGGACAUGGAGAAGGGCUUCGUGCCGCCUGCUCAUUUCAUAGAGGCCGAAUACAAGCGGCAGGAGAAGCUGUGGAGGGAUUUGGAAGUGGCUCGCAAGGGCUUGCAGGAUCGAGGCGUACUCUCCCGCUCAUUGACUGGAGACAGUGGCGGUGGCCGCUUUACCUCGGCCAUGUCGUCAUUCUCCCGCAAGAAGGAGCCUCCUCCCCCUCCACCUUCUGUUGACGCCUCGCAGCCCCUGGGUCCAGUCAAGGAGCUUGCAGGGUUCCUUUGGAAAGUGAGCUCCAAGGGAGGGUGGAGCAAGCGGUGGUUCGCACUCAGCGACAAGACAGCCCGGCUCUACUAUGUGAAGAAGCCCGAUGAGAAGACCCCCAGGGGCGUCAUUCCUCUUGAGGACUGCAUAGUGGACGAGAUAGUGCCCCCGGAGGAGGUGCCGUCAGCCUCAGACAUGAAGGCCGGAUCCAACCCCUCGGCGCAGGCGCUGUCCUUCAAGAUCGGCAACAAAGUGCCGUACAAGACCGUGGUCAAAGUUCAUCAGUCCCUCAUCCUGCGCGCCGACAACAUGGCGGAGAAGCAGCAGUGGGUGGCGCGCCUGCGCAGCCACACCAAGGCGUUCAAGGAUGCCCCUCCUCCCCCCCCCGCCUCUGGGGACGCGGAGAACAGGGCGGAGGACGGGGGCGGCAGGGAGGGCGACUCCACAGCCACCAGCAGCAGCGGCAGUGGCAGCAGUGGUGGCAGCAAUGUGCCGGGGGCGAUAGGCCAGGGCGGAGUAGGGGUAGGGGGGCAGCAGCGGGUGGCGAAUCCGGAGGAGGAGCUGAAGUACCAGGUGACUGAAGUGCGGCGCUACGUGCAGGCCGUGCUGGUUCAUCUGGCAGACAACAUCCCGAAGGCCAUAGUGCUGGCUCAAGUGGAGCGCGCACGUGACUCGAUGCUCACGAAGCUGUACCAGACAGUGAGCGCCAUUUCAGACGUGAACCUGCAGGCGCUGCUGCAGGAGGACGCGGAGAGCCAGGGCAAGCGCGACAAGUUCAAGCGCAUGAGGGACGCCAUGCUGCAGCUGAAGAGAGCGCUCAGUCUGCAUGAGGCGCGCGCAUCGGCUGAAGAGGAAGGGCAAGGCACCAAGGAGACGGUGGAUGCGUGGAGAGCAGCGUUCAACAAGGCCUCCCAUGCCACAGCUUCUAUCCCCGAAGACCAUCCCUCCUCAGACUCAGGCACCCUGCCCUCCCCUUCCACUCGGAAAUCCCCACCACCACCACCCUCCUCCUCCUCCUCUUCCUCCUCUUCCAAACCCUCCAAAUCCUCAGCCUCAGCAGCAGUGGCAGCCGCUGCAGCUGCUGCGUCUCCCACCCCUCCUGCUUCAUCAUCAGCAGCAGCAGCAGCUCCCACUUAUGCUCCCUCUCAGUCCUCAUCAUACCAGCCCUCUCGCUCAUCCUCCACCAGUCAACAGCCGCCAGCUGUCACCCGUGGCAUGAGCAUGAGCUCCGUGCCCAACCCUCUAGGCCCGGGAGUUGGCGGAGCUGUGGUUCCAGGUCCGGUAAUGGCUCGGGGGCCGCCAAUGAUGCCCUCUGGCAGUGCUGCUCGGAGUGCUAGCCCGUUACGGCAGACCCUAGCGGGGGGUAUGGAUGGAGCAGGAGGGAUGGGGGGGAUGGGUAACUCCUUGCGCGCGACAUCAAGGAGGGUGCCCCCCCCUCCACCCACUGGGUUCAGCUACAAGUGAGGGAGUCUAGUCUUAGAGGCACCUCAAAACUCCCCUCCACCCACUGGGUUCAGCUACAAGUGAGGGAGGUUCUUCUUGAGACGCCUUGAAAUGCAACACCGCCAUAAGCACUACUUCAUGGAAAGUUCUUCCCCUCGACCAAUGGUUCCUGCUUCAUGAAGGCUAUUGGGGAACAUGCUAUGUUGAAGGCAGGUGCAUGUUUUGCCGGUUUCUAGGUGAAUCCGUUUGCUGGCUCUGAGUCUGAGGGAUCAGUCAGGUCCUCCAUGUGAUGUUGUGAGCCUUGAUAUUUUUGAGAGGUAAAUUCAGUCUUGGAUUUACAGUAGUACACUAGGGUGUGUCGUGUAUGUAAGAUGAGUUGCGCAAGUCUCCUCUAGUUAUUAUAGGUUCCCUGCGCAAGGCUUCUGGCAGAUUCUUACAAGACUCUUCUUGCUUCACACCAG